AUGAGACUGGACUGCGGUGUGAAUAUUGCAUUUACCGCUGCUCAAGAUGAUGAUAACGAUGACAAUGAGGAGGUGUACGACGGUGGUGAUGGUCUUUACGUGGAUGGAUUACCAUCAGUGGACUCCUGUUCGUGGAAGGCGCCAUGGAACGAAGUGACCAGACAACAGGAACGUUACCUUCGCAGUAAAUAUUCCCUAUUUUGUGGGAUUUGCAAAAUUCAACGAGUUCUUCGUCUAGAUCCGCAGUAUCACAAUCGAUCAGACACGUGUUACGUGGCUCACAGUCCCAAUCCAAAUGAGGUGACGACAGUCCCGAAACUGCAAUUUCAAUAA